UUUAACUACAGUUUAACUGCUACUAACCAAGUGUUUACAUAACAUUACGCUUUCAAAUGAAGUUACCAAACAUCUCUGAAAAUGUAUUUGUUUACAGGAAUAGCUGUAAAGUUCGGGCUUUGUUAACUUUCUACAGCAGUCACAACGGACAAACCAAUGUUACAUGUUUUAAAACGUUCUCACAAAAAUGAAGAAGGGUUAGUUAAUCAAACCACUGCUGCUAAUAAUGACAAUCACUUCCUGUUUUCCGCUCCUCUAGGUGUCGCUGUUGGCUGUGGACGAGAUGCACAUGGAUCUGCCGCCUCUGACUAAAGACAUGUACUGGAACGACUGCGACGCUCGUCCGCCGUACACGCUGGCCGCCGCCGACUACUGCAUCCCAUCAUUCCUCGGCUCCACCACCGACAUGGGACUCUCCGAAAUUCUGAAUUUUGACGAGGCUGAAGUUAGCAAUAACUGUCCACAACAACCGGAGUCGAUUCUGGCUCGGCGUCAAGAGUCGGUUCUUGGUCGAGUCCGUCGGCUGCUCAGCGUUCAGGAACCUCCCGACCUGCGACCUCCUCGACCCUUCUUCAAACGCCACAGCAGCGAUGCAACAGGAGGCUUCUUCCCAGACUUCAGACUCAGUCCAGGUGCAGACGCCCGGAGUCCGCCCUCCUGGUUGGUCACGCCGCCGGCCCCCGUCGACACCUUGUCCACCUUGAAGGAGGUCAGCAGCAACCCUCCGUCUCCUGAACACUCGCCCGGCGAGGUUUUCCCCCAACUCGCCGUUAGCCCGUUGUUUUUGAACAAUGUCUGUCACAGUGGGGAUUGUUCGGAUGGCGUUGAAGUAACAAAAAUUCAGAAUGGACUGGAUCAUUUACUCACGCAAGAAGCACCCAGUGUGGAAACUCCAAGAGCCAACUCUUCAGUUUGCUGCUCCCCAACCCAACUCGGACCAAAGGAAUUCCGGUGGACGACGCGCAGCAACCUGAAACGUCCGCCACCUCAUCCCCGCGGGCGCCAGUUCUCCGUCCAGUUUUCCAGGCAGACGUCAAGGGCGUCCGUGCGAAGCCUGCCGAGCCCCAAAGCCCUGGGGAGGCAGAGGCGGGGCCUGGCUCGGUUCAAAUCCAGGAUAUCGCCCGCUCCACCGGCUGACACCCUGCAGCUCCCCGAACCCGAGUUUGAGCACAGCUUCCAGGGAGUGUCGGUGACCGAGGACGGUGAGACAGAAGCACCCGGCAGCAGCGGCGGCGGCGGCGAAGACGUCCGAAACAACAACGCGGACAAAUGAGCGUCGGUUACGUCGCAAACAGAAGUGAAGGCUUUUAAGUGCCCUCAUUUUGUAGGACAUCCAACAAUGAAUGAUUCCUCUUGAGGGUUGGCUGCGUUUCUACUGUACUUACUGGUCUCUGGUGACAGAAACGUCCCAGUUCCUCAUAGAUGAAAAAUAAAAUAGUUGUUUCAAAGGGCAGAUAAUGAAGGACAGACGGAUGACAGAUAGUGACAGAUGAAAGUUUCCGUGGAAAAAUGUGUUGAUGUAUUUGUAUUCAGCAGUCGUCUCUGAUGCCACCUUGUGGCUCAGCGAGGAAGUGAAAGAACAAAACGUUUUCUUGGAAACUUUGACCUGUGCUUUUGUGACAACCCAUUACAUUUGUCUGUUUUUUGCCGCCGUCGCUGUUGAAUUACAGACUCUGACUUUUUAAAAAAAUAAAACUCAUGACAGACUAGAAUGUGUUGUUCCUUGUUUAA